GACUGCAGGCAGACAGAAUUCAGAUCCAGAUGGUAAUGAAUGGAGCACUGAUCGUUACUGUCAUAACAAAACAAAUCUAAUCAGGUUAUAUUAUUGUUUUUUUACUCAAUCGUGUAGAAAUUGCAGGACUCAUUAGUGCAUUGUGUAAUUUACUGUUUCCAAGUAAUUAUCCUACGUUAUUUACAAGAGUAUUUUGAACGGAAUUGUGAAAAUAGGUCACAGUGAUUUUGUAAGGUUUCAUGUUUGCUAGGUUGUUAAGAGACAUUCUUCAGAUAGUUUGUUAACAUAACAAAUGGAUACAUUCAUCUUAAACAACAACAAGAAGGGGAGUGUGAAGGUGACCAUCACCCCCUGCCAGCCUCGCACCCUCACCCAUCUGCCCAAGAGACCGCCCGUGGACAUCGCCUUCUCCGAUCUCACCUACACCGUCAAGGAGGGCCGCAAGAAAAAUGUCAAGACUAUUCUCAAGUCAGUCAGUGGUCGGCUGCGCAGUGGAGAGCUCACGGCCAUCAUGGGUCCGUCAGGAGCUGGCAAGUCUACCCUGCUCAAUAUCCUUACUGGAUACAAGGUGUCUGGUAUGUCGGGAUCUAUCACUAUCAACGGCCACGAACGCAACCUGUCUCAGUUCGCCAAGUUGUCCGCCUACAUCAUGCAGGACAACCAGCUGCACGGCAACCUGAGCGUAGACGAGGCGAUGCACGUUGCCACUGCGCUCAAACUGGGCUCCGACCUGUCUAAACAUGACAAACAGGAAGUGGAUGGAAUUGGUGAAUUGCCCUCUACCAUGUAUGAUAGUAGAGGUCGGCUGCGUCACCGUGAGUAUAUUCAAGAAAUUCUAGAAACUCUGGGACUCCAAGACCACAAGAACACGAUGACCUCUAACCUCUCCGGAGGGCAGAAGAAGCGUCUUUCAAUCGCUUUGGAGCUUGUAAACAACCCUCCUAUCAUGUUCUUUGACGAGCCAACAAGUGGGCUGGACAGCUCUUCGUGUUUCCAGUGCAUUUCCCUGCUGAAGACAUUGUCACGUGGAGGUCGUACGAUCAUCUGCACCAUUCACCAGCCGAGCGCGCGACUGUUUGAGAUGUUCGACCACUUGUACACACUGGCGGAUGGUCAGUGUGUGUACCAGGGAUCCACACAGCAACUCGUACCCUUCCUGGGCCGACUGGGGCUAGUGUGUCCGAGCUACCACAACCCUGCGUCCUUCGUGAUUGAAGUGUCGUGUGGAGAGUACGGUGACAAUGUUCGUAAGCUGGUGGCUGCCAUCAAGAACGGCAAACAUGACAUCCGGGUGGGCAAACCGUUUCCUGAGAUUGAAGCUUCGAACACUCUCAACAACGCCAACGCCAAGGUGAACAACGACAUUGCGGCCGGUGAGAGAAAGAUGUCCAAUGGAACUACGGGAGUCAACAACAUGCUGUUGGCUGCUACCAACGAUAUUGCCAAGGAGAACGCUAACUCAAGCAACGCUGUUGUGAUUCCUGUAGAUUUGACGGCCGAGAAACCAGCAGACGUUACUUCAACUCUGCUAGAGAACGCAUUACCGAACACCCAGAAACGCUAUGGAACGUCCGAGUUUAACCAGUUCUGGAUCGUUCUCAAGCGAACACUUCUCUUCUCCAGAAGAGACUGGACCUUGAUGUACCUUCGUCUCUUUGCUCACAUUCUGGUGGGUUUCCUCAUCGGAGCUUUGUACUACGACAUCGGCAACGACGGAGCCAAAGUUCUCAGCAACCUCGGUUUCCUCUUUUUCAACAUGUUGUUUCUCAUGUACACUUCCAUGACCAUCACCAUUCUGUCAUUCCCCCUUGAAAUGCCUGUGCUUGUGAAAGAAAAUUUCAAUCGAUGGUAUUCAUUACGCUCCUACUACCUGGCAAUCACAAUGUCCGACAUUCCAUUCCAGGCAAUUUUCUGUGUGAUGUAUGUCAGCAUCGUAUACUACAUGACAGCUCAGCCGAUGGAGAUCGCUAGAUACUGGAUGUUCCUCAGCGCGUGUCUGCUCGUCUCCUUUGUGGCUCAGAGUGUCGGACUGGUGGUCGGAGCUGCGAUGAACGUGCAGAACGGAGUGUUCCUUGCUCCGGUGAUGUCUGUUCCAUUCCUGUUGUUCUCUGGGUUCUUUGUCAGCUUCGAUGCCAUCCCCGUCUACCUGCGAUGGAUCACGUAUCUAUCCUACAUCCGCUACGGGUUUGAAGGCACAGCCCUCGCCACUUACAGCUUUGGCCGAGAAAAACUCAAAUGCUUCCAGACGUACUGUCACUUCAAAUCCCCCGAUACCACGCUGGAAGAGUUGGAUAUGACUGACGCUAGCUUUACACUGGACAUUGUCGCUCUCAUCAUCAUCUUCUUCACUCUGAGAGUCGCAGCCUUCCUGUUCCUGCGGUGGAAGUUGAUGUCCACUCGUUAAACCGACAACCAGUUACGUUAGGGAUCCAAUCAGAAAGUGGGAAACCUCAAGCAAAUGCUGUGGGUGUUGAAAAAUUCUUGUUUACAAGAGAAAUGAAUUUACAAACCAGGGUGCCAACUUUUGUAGCAAGAUCAAUAAUUGUGAUCAAUUUCAGGAUAGUGAAUUUUCAUACUGUUUUAUCACUAAUGGAAAUAACAGUUUGUAUUUUAUAACUUUUCAAUAGCUUUUAUCUGUAGCCUUUGCUGAAAUCGGCCUUAAAAUUUAUACAGUAUCAGACAUAAAAAUUAUCAAUGCAGUAGAAAGCAAUAAAUUAUACUGUGGUUGUAUUUUAUAUACAACAAAUGUUUAUAAAUGUUUACUGAUGUAUAAUUUUCAUGAGUACCAGAAGUGCCUGCUAAAACCAAGUACAAGUUUGUUUGAAUUUAUUUUCUCUAUGUAAAUACUUUGUAAGUUACAUAAUAGUGAUAAGAAAUGUGUCUAUUUGUCUGGAAUUUGUGAAGAAUAUUUAUAUAUUAAAUACAUUUUGUUAUAGUACAUCUUGCAUGAUGGUAUGACUUAUUUAAAUUGACAUACUUUCAUCGGGUGCUAGAUAAUAAAUUCUAUUGAAGUCGUAAGUUUACAGUUUUGUUUGUUGUAUUUAAAUUUUCUGAACAUAGAGGUAAUUUUUAAUCUCUGGAGUAUCGGAGCAUCUUAGUGUUCGUGAAGCAAACAGCGGAAUGCGCUCAACUUGUACAUAAUGUAAUACAGCCCAAGAUACAAAUAUAUAUUUUUGUAACAUUUACUAAUCGGUGUGAGGAGAAAUUUACAUGUAAAAUCAUUCAUACUCAGCACUUUUCUUUCUAUUUUCCAUUUGUAGUACCUCAUGUAGAGUUUAAAAAAAUCUUUGCCUCGGAAACGUGAAUCUUUAUGAUCAUACAAUCUGCUUUAAAAACUAAUUUUAAUUUUGUUUGAAUAAUUGUCUAUACUUUCUUUUAUAGCUACAAAUUGCCAGUGAUGUUUGAAGCUCUCUAUUUAUCUAAUUUUACAUUCCUGACAUCACACUAUUACUGUAUCUGUGGGUUCUUAGAAUAGAUUUGCAUAUUUAUAUGGAUUUGUUAUCUUACGUUUGAUUAUAUUUUAUAUAAAAAUGUGUACUUUGUGCUAUGUUAAGUGAUAUAUGUUUAUAAAACGUAUUAAAAUGUC